CACCGCCAAUUCUACUCGUGAAGCCAGAACCUUUAUUCUCCUGAGGGCACUCCUGCCCCACCUCUUGCCACAAGUCCCUGAGGCUUGGGGAUUCCAUCUCAGCUGCAGCCCCAGCCCUCCUGGUGUCCUUGGUGCUGCCUCUGACUCAUGUCCCUGCUCUGUUCCACCCCAGGGGGAAAACGUGUCCACAGGGGACAGGAAUGAGACCUGCAUGGUGUGGAGCGUCCAGGCGGGCAGGCUGGAGAAGCUGGUGGGAAACCUGGUGCCUGCCUUCCUGGGCAGGGACCCCUCCGACCUCCCCACAUUCCUGGGCUCCUACAGGGCUUUCCCUACCACCCAGCAGAUGCUGGAGCUUCCCUUCACAAGAUAUGGAUGCAUCCUCCCUUACUCUGAUGAGGACGGUGGACCCCUGCACCAGCUGAAAAUGUCCCUCACUCUGGGGAAGGAGCCUGUACAUUGUGAGUUGCUAACUGAAGAGGCCCCCGUGGCCUGGCACCAAGGGAGACCAGCAGACAGAGGAGCACCUGGGUCCUGA